AUCUUAAACGUCAAAUGUGAAAGUGGGAAAUGUGAAAAAACAGAAAAACCUUUUAUUUUAUUUAUUUUGCGAAAAUACAAGUUAUUUCUUAAAAAAAGUGUAUAUAAUUUAUAGUUAUUGUGAAAAUUUAAUACUGAAAAACUUAAAACUCAACAUGAGUAAUGAUAUAGAAAACAAUGCCACUGCCACCGGCCAAGAAGAAAAUGAAGCAGUAAUAGAUCCUGAAGAAUUGGAACGCCAAGAACGAGAAGAACUAAAUGCCUUCCUAACUGAACUGAAAGCUAAAAUUUCAGCUAAAUCUCAUUUGCGUUAUGAAAAUACUAAUUUUGAUUUACCCGAAGAAUCAUACUUUGCCAAAUUGGAUUCAAGUCUAAAACGGAAUACAGCUUUUGUUAAGAAAUUGAAACAAUUUACUGCCGCACAAUUAGAUCCACUAAUGAAAGAUAUGAAAGGCCUAAACUUAAGCAAAUAUAUUUCGGAAAUAUGUUCAGCUUUGUCGGAAGCUAAAAUUAAAAUGACCGAUGUUCCGGCAGUCGUAUUACUGUGUUCUAAAUUGCAUCAAACCUAUGCAGAUUUCGAUAACGAAUUCUUUGAAGCUUGGCAAAAGACAUUGUUGCUGAAACCGGGAGAAAAAAUUUCAAACCCUAGUAAGCUACGCGUAGACUUGCGUCUAUUUGCUGAACUUGUAAGUUCAGGUGUAAUAACCAGUAAACAGGGCUUAAGUCUAUUGGGCAAUGUACUGACCAAUGUAAUUUCCCAGGACAAAGAAGAUCACAGUAACUUCUCGAUAAUAUUAUCAUUUUGUCGCCAUUGUGGUGAGGAGUAUGCGGGUUUAGUACCUAGGAAAAUGAUAAAUUUAGCUGAAAAGUAUGAUAAUCCAGAAAUACCAAAGUCAGACUUUUUACCUUCCGAUAAACAAGAGAAUUUAAGAAAACUAUUAAAGGAUUAUUUUAAGAACUUGUGUAAACAUUUACUUUCGGAACAAGCAGAACUGAAGAACAUGACGAAUAAUCUUAAAAAAGCUAUGGCUUCCAAAGGUGAAAUUUCUACAAAAACAAAAGAGAAAUGUGAACUAAUGCAAGCAAACUUUGAUAAAUUACUAUCGUCGGCUCAAACUUUGUCGGAUUUAUUGGAUGAACCUUUACCCGAAUUGGCUAUGGAAACAGAGAUCUGUAAUCCUGGUGCAGUUAUUGAAAAUAUGAUGGAUGAUGCAGCUCUUGGUGAGCUCGAUCCAUGGGGUGAUGAAGAAACAAAAAGUUUCUACAUCGAUCUACCAGAUCUUCGGCAAUUUCUGCCAAAUUUUUCGGCACCAAAAGUGGAUCCUGAACAAAUAGAAGACACAUCAGAAAUGACCGAAGAAGCAUUGGAUGCUGACAUAGACAAUGAUAUCGAUUUAGAUGAUCCACCCUCAACCACCUCAGAUCCCCCAAAUGAAAAAGAUCAAGUAGAUAAUGAUGAUGUUUUGGGAGCAACUGAAAAGUUACCGGAUAAAAUUGGCAAUGCUUUGAUGGAAGUGGGGCGACAAAGUAAUCAAACACCAGGUUCCAAUAAACAGCAAUUCGCUCAAUUUUUAAAGAAUUUAAAUAAUUGUGUUAAUAAGGAACUAAUCGAUUCGGCUGCCAUAGAAUUUCUUUUGAAUUAUAAUACCAAAAAUAAUCGAAAAAAGUUAACUAAGUCUAUAUUUGCCGUACAUAGAAAUCGCUUAGAUCUUUUACCCUUCUUAUCACGUUUUGUGGCCAUUGUAAAUCUCUGCAAUACUGACGUUGCUUUGGAUUUAUCGGAAUUACUGCGAAAAGAAUUCAAAUGGCACAUACGCAUGAAAAAUCAAUUGAAUAUUGAGUCUAAAAUAAAAAUUGUGCGCUUUAUGGGUGAAAUGGUUAAAUUUGGCUUACUCAAGAAAUUUGAUGCUUUAAGCUGUUUAAAAGUUCUACUCAGAGAUUUUCAACAUCAUCAAAUUGAAAUGGCUUGUGCUUUCAUUGAGGUGGCCGGUAUUUAUUUGUACAACUGUAAAGAUACCCGCUGGCUCAUGAACACUUUUCUCGAUCAAAUGAUGCGUUUAAAAACUGCUACUGCUCUAGACUCUAGGCAUGCAGCUCAGGUGGAAAAUGUAUUCUAUUUGGUUAAACCUCCAGAGACGGUGAAACAGGAUGUGGUUUUAAGGCCUGUUAUACAUGAGUAUAUAAGGCAUUUAAUAUUUGAAGAGCUAAAUAAGCAAAAUGUAGAGCGUUGCAUUAAAAUGUUAAGACGCAUUAAUUGGCAUGAUUCCACUAUUAGUAACUAUGUUAUUAAAUGUCUGUCAAAAGCAUAUCUAUUGCGUUUUCCACUUAUUCGCUGUCUGGCUGAUCUACUAUCGGGUUUGAGUUCAUAUCAAGAGAAAGCGGUUACUAUGGUUAUAGACAAUGUGUUCGAGGAUAUAAGAGCUGGUUUGGAGAUACAUUCACCCAAGUUGGCACAACGUCGUAUAGCUAUGGCCAAGUAUUUGGGUGAACUUUAUAACUACAAACUGGUAGAAUCUACUAAUAUUUUAAAUACAUUAUACUCCAUUAUUUCCUUGGGUGUUUCCACUGAGGAGGGAGUGAUUUCGGAAUUAGAUCCUCCCGAUAGUUUGUUUAGAUUGAAGUUAGCUUGUGUACUAUUAGACACUUGUGGUCCUUAUUUUACUAGUUCUGCUAGCAAGCAAAAAUUGGAUUACUUUUUGGUGUUCUUUCAACAUUACUAUUGGUUUAAAAAAUCAAAUCCAAUAUUUUCAAAAGUGCAAGAUACCCAUGACUUAUUUCCUAUAUUAGUGGAUCACAUGUAUCGUGAUUGUUUGUCGAAUGUUAGGCCUAAAUUAAAACUUUACAAAAAUCUUGAACAGGCCAAGGAAGCCAUUAAAAAGUUGCAAGAUAAAUUAUAUCCACAGCUCAAGGAAUUGACAGAACAAUUGAAUACUGAAGAUUCUUCCAAUUUACAUCCUAUACCGGAGGACAGUGAAUUUGAUGAGGCAGCCAGUGAUGAUUCAUCCUCGGAAUUAGAUAGAAGACCUAGAGAUGAACGCGGCGAUGAAGAAUUCAACGAUGAGGAUGAUGAAAAUACUGAAGAUGGUACAAAUCAAGCAAAUACCACCGAUUGGACUGAAAAUGAAGGUAUGCCUGAGGAUGACUGUAAACCGGUGAUAAGAACUAAAGAAGAUUUAGAAUUUGAGCAAAUGUUUGAGAAAAUGGCCCAGGACAGUUACCAGGAACGUUUAAAGGAAACAGUUAAACCUAAUACAAAAGAUAUACCCGUACCCAUGAUGGUUAGAAAUAAUAAAAAAUCCUACGAACAAAUAUCCUCAGCUUCCGUAGUUGCUGCUACAUCUCAAACAACUCCACCACCCAGUAAUGAUGUAAAAACAACUAAUACUGCUGCUAUACCAUUUGUGCUGAUGGUACGUAGCGGUAAGGGUGGUAAACAGCAGUUCAAACAGUUUGCUGCACCUUCCGAUUCUCAGUUGGCCAUAAAUUUAAAACUGCAAGAAGAAAAAAUACGCGAGGAAAAGGAGAAGGUCAAACGUUUAACGCUCAACAUAACCGAUCGCAUUGAAGAGGAAGACUAUCAGGAGUCUUUAAUGCAAUCACAACGUGGUAAUCAAGCCAAUCUUUACGCUCGUCCCAAUAAACCAAAAUUUAAACAUCAAAAAGGUGCCCCCGAUGCUGAUUUAAUAUUUCAUUGACGUUUUGGUAAUUGUUUCAACAUAAAAUGAAUGGACUCGAAAUUCUCCUUAUCAAAACUUGUGUUACAUUAAUGUAAUCUUAAUUGAGCUCAUAAAUGCUUUCCAAAGGCAGAGUUUUGUUUUUACAUAAUGGUCAGUUUUGUGUAUUUUUUAAUCUUUUUUUAAUUCCUGACAGUUGAGUUCUAAGUUUUUACUUUUCAUGUUUAGAUUGAGAACUUAUAUGAAUCUUUAUGUAUUCAUUAUUUAAUCAUUAUCAAAUGAUAUAAAAAAUAAAAGAUUUUUUUUAUUAAAAAAAACACAUUUUGGUUGAAA